GCAGUCGCCGCGUGAAUUGUUUCCUUGAGGGCGUGGGGGUCUACGCCGCUUGAGCUCAAGCGGGCGAGGCGACAGUGCGGUGCCAGUCCUCGGCCCCGCGCCCUUCUUUCUCGGUUGUUGGGCUGCGUGACUCUCCUCCCGUCGGCGCCGAAGGGAGCCUGGUUCUGGGCGGGCGGAGAGCUUGAACCCACUAGGAAUGGCAGCCCCAUCUAUGAAAGAAAGGCAGGCUUGCUGGGGAGCCCGGGAUGAGUACUGGAAGUGUUUAGAUGAAAACACAGAGGACGCUUCUCAGUGCAAGAAGUUAAGAAGCUCAUUUGAAUCAAGUUGUCCCCAACAGUGGAUAAAAUAUUUUGAUAAAAGAAGAGACUACUUAAAAUUCAAAGAAAAAUUUGAAGCAGGAGAGUUCCAGCCUCCGAAAACGGCCGCAAAGUCCUAGGCUGUUCCUGAACAUUUCAGAAAGUUGAAAUUAUUUUUUCUGGACAUUCAGAAAUGCUCUGUGGGACAACAGUAGUUUGAAUGAUGGCAAACACCAAUGCUUGUUCCAUAUAUACAACUCUUAAUUUAAAUGGUCAAGUAACAAGAUUCCAUUUUUCAAAAGACAGACUUGAAAUAAAAUGGUAUGAAAUAUGCUUAAUUGAAUAAAAAACACAUAUUUUAAGAAAAAAA